UUCCUCCUCUGUGCUGGCUGGUUGUUAUGGUGACAGUUCAAGGCUGUGCCUCGUUAGCUUAUAUUAUUGUACAGUGCAGAGGGCCUGUGCUUCCUCCAGUGUAGAGAGUGAGGGAGAGGGAGGGAAGCAGGAUAACAGUGCAAGCGCAUCGCUAGAGACGGAAGAGCCGCAGACUGCCUUGGCAGCGAGCAGCACAAUAGAGCAGACAGGCUUGACAGCUGCUAGGGCUGGCCUUGUUAGUGCUCAACACUGAUGCUGAGUCACAGACAGGUUCCCUGCAAGCCCUUUCUCGUGUGCCUCCUCCUUCAGCAACCAUGGAGGAAAUCGAGCAUACGUGCCCCCAUCCCCGGACGACACUGACAGAGCCGGCUGCGUUUGCAGAAGAGAGGAGCUGUCAGUGCCGAGCCCCUCAUGAGAGGUUAACCAUCACACAGGCCCGUCGCGGGACUCCAGUGGACCGGCCCGUGAGGGUGUACGCUGACGGGAUAUUCGACCUCUUCCACUCAGGCCAUGCCAGGGCGCUCAUGCAGGCCAAGAACCUCUUCCCCAAUGGCUACUUGAUAGUAGGAGUGUGCAGUGACGAGCUGACCCACAAGUACAAGGGCUUCACUGUCAUGACGGAGGAGGAGCGCUACGAGGCUCUGCGGCACUGCCGCUACGUGGACGAGGUCGUGAGAGACGCUCCCUGGACCCUCACCCCAGAGUUCUUAGAGAAACACAAGAUUGAUUUUGUUGCUCACGAUGACAUUCCGUACUCUUCUGCCGGCUCGGAAGAUGUCUACAGGCACAUCAAGGAAGCAGGCAUGUUUGCACCGACACAGCGAACGGAAGGCAUCUCCACCUCUGACAUCAUCACGAGGAUUGUGCGCGAUUACGAUGUGUACGCCCGUCGCAACCUGCAGAGGGGCUACACCGCCAAGGAGCUCAACGUGAGCUUCAUCAAUGAAAAGAAGUACCGUUUACAGAACCAGGUGGACAAAAUGAAGGAAAAAGUGAAGACCGUGGAGGAGAAAUCCAAACACUUUGUUUAUAAGGUAGAGGAGAAAAGCCAUGACCUGAUUCAGAAGUGGGAGGAGAAGUCCAGGGAGUUCAUCGGCAACUUUCUGGAGCUGUUUGGUCCUGACGGGACUUGGAAGCAGGUGUUUCAAGAAAGAAGCGGUCGGAUGCUGCAAGCCCUCUCCCCGAGGCAGAGCCCCACAGGCAGCCCCACGCGAAGCCCCACGCGAGAGCGCUCCCCCUCCCCCACCUCCCGCUGGCCCUUCAACAAGACCUCCCCGCCCUCCUCCCCCAAGGCAGCCUCGGCCUCCGUCAGCAGCAUGAGCGAGGGGGACGAGGACGAGAAGGGGGAAGAGGGGCCGCCAGCGCUGGAGAGAACCUCACGACCGACAGCAUCCCUCAUCAGAGCUCCAUCUCAAACCAGCAGCCUUCGGAUGCAAGUCUCUUAAGUGUGCUUUAAAGAAACGUGGGCGUGGCACUUUCAACGGAGCGUUUAGGUGCGCAAAUAUUACCAAUCUUGAUUAUAUUCAGGAACUAGAUAUACUGUAUCGUACCCAACCCUCACCACUUCCUACUUAAAGCACUUUGUGAUAAUUACUGUUAUUAUUAUUAAUGUUAUUAUCAUCAUCAAUUAUGAACCUGGGAAAGAUUGAAAAGCAUAUUUUAAAAUCAUUAAAGAGAAGAGUGUUUGUAGAAAUAUCUAAUCCUGCUCUGUUUGCCCAUUAUUGGCUCACAAAGAUGCAGUUUCAUUAAUGUUCUUAUUCUUCUGUAAACCUUUAGGACACCCCCUCAAUCUAACUGUUAUUUUAAAUGCAAGAUAAAAAGGAGAUGUAAUUGUCAUCAAAUACACAGAGCGGUAAUGCACUACAUGUCCAGAAGGGGGCAUUAGUGUAUAUACUUAUUAAUGUCAAUAUACUCCAGCAACUUGAUCAAAUUAUUUUCUUAUCUGUGUCUCAUUUAAUGUGCUGUGUUACUAGCCACACAUCUUUAGGCAUGGUAACAGGAUAAGAUUUUUUUAAGCCCCUGCGAAAUCACUGCUGGGAACUAAGACCAAGUCUAACGUUAUAUCAUCAUGAUGUAAAGAUGUAAAGACUGUAACGGACAGUACCUAUAAAAAAAACUGCUGGUGUCAGCUGUUCUUAACAUCACACCCAGGGAUGGAAAGAAGGCUCCUGUUGCAUAGCAAUUUGAUCCAAUCCUGGUUUUGCUACGAGUUUAAGACGACACACCUGGAAUCGUUACCUAUACACUGGGGCUAAUCGAGAUUGUAUUAAAACCUGGAAUGGGUGAAACUGCUAUGCAAUAGGAGUCGUAUUGCCAUCCCUGGUUGCACCUGCUGUACUCUGUGGUAACUACAACCGCUGCCUUUAUGCAUCAAGCUUCCCGUGUACUGCUCAAAUCCCCAUUUGUUUCUAAACUUUAUUUUAGACCGGAUUAUGACGUUUGUGUUCUCCAGUGCAACCUUCAAUCAAACAUGCAAGGGACAAUAUUCAGAUCAAGUGCAAUAGCUGCAUUUACGAGUUAGGACCGAAGUCAUGCCAAAGCAAAAUAAAAUAUGAAUUCAAAUAAUUAGUCAGUCCCAAGCUUCUCAUGUGUCGUAGAGUGUUCUCCUAGGAGAGUAGAACACGUGAUAUGUUUCAGCACACUCUGCUCGUGUCACGAGUGUUCGGUGAAGUACGGGUGUGUUUUGAUUAAUUAUUAUUUUGUUUUUUAUUUUAUUUUUUACAAAUGAAACAGCUUUUUAUGCAAGCAAAAAUAAAAAUGUACAAACAUGACACUUCUGAAAUGUAUUUUGAUAGCAGCCCUCGUUCAUCCAACACUCCUGCUUAGAUGGCAUCGGGUGGGGGUGGUUUAGUUUUUUUAGUUUUUGGUUUUUUUUUGGUUGUGAUUUUUUCAACUGUGAACAGCAUCCUGGAUGUAUUAAAUUUAAACCAGGAUGAUUAUUCAACUUCUUAUUGGUAGCCUCAGAAGAGGCAACAAAAAAAGAAUCCCUUUACUGAAGCGAAAAUAAAACUGGAAAGAUCAACAAA